AGUUUGGCGACUCGCGAGGACCAUGUAUGGGUUUAAGUCGACACAUUCUCGAUACACACAUACAUGUAUUCUGGACACUCGAUAUACGCAUUAACUCCCGCGUCACGUGAUCAGAGUCAAUUUCUUCAGACCAUAAAUUUUUCAAAAAGAGUUGACUGACACGACAAUCAACCAUUCCAUACGACGACCUCAAUAUACCAACUUCGAUUAACAUCUUCAAAGCCCAUUCCAAUCAGUUUAAGAAGACGACAUCUUAUAUAGAAACCUGAUCGAAUCGAACACUCACUUUCAUUUAAUCACUCAAAUUUUCGAUAAUCUGAAGUAAUAAUGAGACCAUUAACAGAUACUGAAGUGAAAACUCUUUUUUCAAAACUUCAUAAUUAUCUAGGAAAGAAUUUAGUACAUUUGAUUGAACGUCAAGACGAAGAAUUUUGCUUUAGAUUACAUAAAGAUAAAGUAUUCUACGUAUCUGAAAAUUUAGUUAAACAUGCUACUUCGAUUUCUAGAGAUCAUUUAAUUUCAUUAGGUACUUGUUUAGGUAAAUUUUCCAAGACUGGAAAGUUUCGAUUACAUGUCACUGCAUUAGAUUGGUUAGCAAGAUUUGCUCAAUACAAAGUUUGGAUCAAACCGAAUGGAGAAAUGCCAUUCUUAUAUGGUAAUCAUGUAGUGAAAGCUCAUUUAGGACGAAUUACUGAAGAUACACCUGAACAUCAAGGUGUAGUUGUUUUCUCAAUGAGUGAUGUACCAUUAGGAUUUGGUGUGACAGCUAGAAGUACAACUGAUACAAAAAAACUGGACCCUACUUCAAUUAUUGUCUUUCAUCAAGCAGAUGUAGGAGAAUAUCUUAGAGAUGAAGGAACAUUAUUUUAAGUUUCUUUUCAGUCCUUGUUUUUUUCUUUCCCUUCAAGUUUAAUUUUGUAACUUGAUUUGAUUUACACUUAUUUCAGGAUUUUUAUGAUCAAUUCUGUUGUGAUUUUUCUUUGAAUAAAGAGUUUGUUCUUUGUUUCCACUUUCUAUGACAUCUUUCUAUGAAACAAAGCCAUCUAGUUUGACAUCUU